AUGCUGAACUACGAGCUGCACCGGAAAUACUUCGAUGCACAAGUGGGACAAGCCAACUUCAAGCAGGUGGCUCCAUCCUUGCCGGAGCCACCACCGGCGACCGCUUCCCCGGUUAACGGCCGUGGCAACGCUGUGCAGCGGCCUGGGACGCUCUUCUUGGCGGUGCAGGCUGCUUAUAACCUGACCAACAAAGACACGGGUCUGCUUGGCGACGUUUCGGAUCCCUAUGUGGUGGUGCGCUUGGGCAACCAGUUGUCGCAUGACCGCAGGGACUCUAUCUCCGCUCGAGAUCAAAAGAAGCCCGAUUGCCUGGUGCAUAGGAAUGCACAGGUGUUGGUAGGAGUAGCACUGGUUGAGCAGUUUUCGGAGACAUUUGUUGCUACGGUGGCUGACGAAAAGUUCUCUGGCCUCAGCAUGUUGCAAUGGCUGAGGAGUCGACGUGCUACAAAGGUUGAGCAAUCAGCCGGGCAGUAUGUCAUUGAUGUUUUGGGUAGCAUUUCCAACCCUGCUCCUGAUGCGACUGAAGAUUUCUCUGAAGUCAUGCUGCAUGAGAAGGUUUCCGUGCCCAAGCAAGAGACAUGUCCUGCCAGUCCCACACAGCCAUCCGCAGCCAUGGAUGUGCACUCCGCCGACCCAGGAGUGGGCGGUUCUUGCCGUUCAUAUGAUUUGACCACAGGCUUUGAUUUUACCAAAGCAGAGGUGAGAGAACAGGUGACUGAUGAGCUCAAGCGGGCACCGCCAGACCUGCUUGUGCUCAGCCCACCAUGCACUGACGAAGGUGGAUGGUUCAACCUUAAUGCUUGCACUAUGGAUCCCAAUGAGUAUCUUCGUAGAGUUCGACGCAGCCGUUUGUUCAUCAGGUUCUGUUGCAAAUUGUUUGAACAACAGGUGCAAGCUGGAGGUCGGGCCAUUUUUGAGCAUCCGAAGGGUUCCAAGCUGUGGACCUACCCUGAGGUCCGUGCACUCGUGAAUGAACAUCAUUUGUUGUCAUGUCACAUGUGUCGUUUUGGGUUACGCAUUCCCGGUAGUGAUAAGUUGAUUCGUAAGGCCACUCACUUACUUGUCACCCAUGAGAACAUGAGGGUUUUAGCCAAGGAGUGUCCAGGCUCCAAACAGCCGAAACAUGAGUGCCAUCAGACCAUUGCAGGGUCAGAUCCAGCUGUGGGCCGAAUCAGUACUUUUGCCGGGAAAUACACACCCAAUUUUGUGGAAUCCGUGAUGGACACAGUGCCUCGAUACAUGGAACUGAAGCAGCAGUGUCUUGCCGUGUGUUCUCCGUGGUCCAGCAAGCAGCAGGACGAAGUUCUUGCAGCCAAGCCCGAUCUGUCAGCCGACAAGAGUGAUGAGGAUUUGAUGAAGGUUGCGUCAGAACCUUCCAUUCCGGCAAAUGGUGAUGCUGAUGUGUCCAUGGAACCAGUUUCAGGGUCCACUGUGAAUCCCAAAGCUAGGCCGCCAAGUAUGAGAGAACAGGAUUUCUUGGACAUGAUGAAGGAAGUUGUUCCUAAGUUGAUUGAACAUGCCACGAAUCCAGCAACUGCAUCAGCCUCACCUGCUCAGAGUUCCUCACCUAGGGUAGGAGACCAGCACAAGCGUGUCCUUGAAGAUUCCGAUGCUGUUGAACCACCCAGCAACAAGCCCCGCAUCGAUGCUGUGUGCGAGGUGUUGUCUGUUGAAGACAAGAGUGCCCAGAAAGCAGUUGAGACGUCUGGGGGAAACUGA